AUGGAGCCUGGCUCUCCGCCGGACCUCCGUGACGUCGAGCAAAAGCUGGGGCGCAAAGUGCCCGAGAGCCUGGCGCGGCCCUUGCGCGGUGAAGAGCUCCCGGGGCGCCCCGCCGCCGCUGCCGCCGCGCCCGGCCGUGGCCCCACCGUGGCCCCCGGCUCCCGCCGCCGCCGCGCCGCCGCCCUGGCCCGGCUGGAGACGAAGCUUCACCUCUUGAAGCAGGAGAUGUUUAAUCUCCGAGCCACCGAUGUGAAGCUUAUGCGCCAGCUACUCAUCAUCAAUGAAAGUAUUGAAUCAAUCAAGUGGAUGAUUGAAGAGAAGGCCAUUGCCAGCAGAGGUAGCAGUUUGAGUGGCAGCCUGUGCAGUUUGCUGGAAAGUCAGGAGACGUCACUCCACGGCAGCUGUAACAGUUUGCAAGACUGUAGUGAUGGACUGGAUGGAAUAUCAGUAGGGAGUUAUUUGGACACUUUAGUGGAUGAUGUCCCCGGUCACCAAACCCCUUCAGAUAUGGACCAGUUUAGUGAUUCUUCUGUUAUGGAAGACUCACAGCCUGUGCACAAGCAUCCCAAAAUGGAUUCUGAUGAGUACUACUGUUUUGGCUAAUAAAAACAAGUUCCAGUUGGACAAGAAAUGCACUUGUACUUAUCCUUUUUCUUUGCUGCUAUUUUAUUUUGUGUGUAAAACCUCAGACUUCUGUUGGAAGGAAAGCGUAAUAUGAUACUUCGAUUCCACUUCAUAACUAUUCUGUUGCUUCUAAUACAUUUUCUCCU